UCCUCCUCGCCGCCGCCGCCCCCCCCGGCCGCGCCCUCCCCCCCGGCGGGGCCGCGCGGCCCCCUGCCGCUGCGCGUGCCGGCGCUGUGCCUGGCGUGGUACGCGCUGAGCGCGGGCGGGAACGUGGUGAACAAGGUGCUGCUGGGCGCGUUCCCGCGGCCCGUGACCGUGUCGCUGUGCCACGUCCUGGGGCUGGUGGCGCUGCUGCCCCCCCUGCUGCGCGCCUGGCGCGUCCCCCCCGCCGGCCCCGCCCAGCUGCCCCCCCGCGCCUACCCGCGCCUCAUCCUCCCCCUCGCCUUCGGCAAGUACCUCGCCUCCGUCAGCGCCCACGUCUCCCUCUGGCGCGUGCCCGUCUCCUACGCCCACACCGUGAAGGCAACCAUGCCUAUCUGGGUGGUUCUGCUGUCAAGAAUCAUAAUGAAGGAAAAACAGACCACAAAGGUGUAUUUAUCGCUCAUCCCCAUCAUCGGUGGAGUCCUGCUGGCGACGAUCACGGAGCUGUCAUUUGACACGUGGGGGCUCGUGAGCGCCCUUGCUGCAACGCUCUGCUUCUCUCUUCAGAACAUUUUCUCUAAAAAGGUACUGAGAGACUCUCGAAUACACCACCUCCGGCUGCUGAACAUCCUUGGGUGCCACGCUGUGUUCUUCAUGAUCCCAACGUGGGUCCUUGUGGAUCUUUCCUCCUUCCUCGUAGAGAAUGACUUGAGUUCGAUGGCGCACUGGCCCUGGACUGUCCUCCUCCUGGCCAUCAGCGGCUUCUGCAACUUUGCCCAGAAUGUCAUCGCCUUCAGCAUCCUGAACCUCAUCAGCCCGCUGAGCUACUCAGUUGCCAACGCCACCAAGAGGAUCAUGGUCAUCACGGUCUCCUUGAUCAUGCUGCGCAACCCGGUGACCACCACCAACGUGCUGGGCAUGAUGACGGCCAUCCUGGGGGUCUUCCUGUACAACAAGACAAAGUAUGAUGCAAACCAGGAAGCAAAGAAGCACUUCCUUCCGAUGACAACCGGGGACCUUGUGAACCUGGAGCGGCACCGGAGCAUCCCCGACAAGGCUCAGAACGGACUCACGUCAUUCAUGCAACGUGGGGACUUCCAGUACGGCAGGAGCAACGUUCUGACUGAUCACUUUCAGUAUAGCCGGCAAAACCAUGCGACUGUUUACAACUCCAACCGGUAUGAUAUAUAGUGUUUUUGGCAAACUGGCACAGACCGUUGGCCCAAGGUUC